AUGAAAUUAAAUGCACUGAUAAAAGAUAUUAAAAAGGAGAAGAUUUUUGGACUGGUGGAUGCAGUUAUUUAUACCAUUGAAUUUCAGAAAAGGGGAUUGCCACAUGCACACAUUUUGAUAUUCUUGAGCAAGAGUAACUCUUAUCCUAAUCCUAAAGAUAUUGACAUGAUCAUAUCUGCUGAGAUUCCAAGUCAAUUGUGCGACCCUGAGUAUUAUAAAGCAGUAGAAGAAUUUAUGAUUCACGGUCCAUGUGGUGCAGCGAGGAAGAAUUCACCUUGCAUGAAAAAUGGUAUUUGCUCUAAAUACUUCCCCAAAAAAUUUGUGGAAAACUCAACAGUGGAUUUUGAUGGAUAUUCAAUAUAUCGACGUCGAGAUAAUGGUCGUACAGUACGGAAGAAUGGUAUUAACCUUGAUAGUAGAUAUGUUGUGCCACACAAUAGAUAUUUGCUUAUGAAGUACAAGGCUCAUAUUAAUGUGGAGUGGUGCAACCAAUCUAGAUCAAUUAAGUACUUAUUCAAAUACGUCAACAAAGGGAAUGAUAGGGUAACAGCUGAAUUCUACAAUAGUGGGGUGGAAGAAUCUACGGGGAAAAUUGUAGAUGAAAUCAAAAUGUACUAUGACUGUAGAUAUAUUUCACCCCCUGAGGCUGCGUGGAGGAUUUUUGGCUUUGACAUACAAUUUAGGAACCCAUCUGUUGAACGUUUGAGUUUCCAUCUUCCCAAUGAGCAAUCAAUAAUUUUUCAUGACGAUGAUUUGGUCGAUGAUGUGGUGAAUCGACCAACAGUAGCUCAAAGCAUGUUUACUGCCUGGUUUGAAGCUAAUAAAAAGUAUGCAGCAGGGAGGGAGUUGACUUAUUCACAAAUGCCAACAAAAUUUGUUUGGAAGAGUGAUAAAAGAGAAUGGCAACCUAGGCAAAGAAAUUGGGCAAUUGGGCGAAUCUUUUAUGUGCCACCAAAUACUGGUGAGAUCUUUUAUCUUAGGUGUUUACUUAAUAUAGUUCGUGGACCGACUUCAUUUGAUGAGAUUAAAAAGGUGGAUGGUGUUCAAUACAAUUCCUUUAGAGAUGCGUGUUAUGCCCGGGGAUUAAUUGAAGAUGAUAAAGAGUAUAUUGAUGCAAUCACGGAGGCAUCAACGUGGUCCUUAGCAAGUUCUCUACGGAAGUUGUUUGUUACACUUCUAACAUCCAGUUCGAUGGCCAAACCAGAAAAUGUUUGGGAGAUGGUUUGGCCAUUCUUAUCAGAUGAUGCUGAAUAUGUUUAUAGAAGGAACCUAUCAGUCCCAGAUUUAAACAUGAAUGAAUCUCAAAAAAAGAAUUUUGCGCUGCUUGAAAUGGAGAAAUUGUUGAAUGCUUGGAACAAAUCUCUAUCAGAUUACCCACCAAUGCCAAUGCCAGAUGGAAACAAUGAUUGGAUUUGUGGUAAUAGGUUGUUGUUAGAGGAAAUGUCAUAUGAUAGGGAAGCUCUAAUGCAUCUACAUGAUUUAUUGGUGAUUGGAGAUGUUGAAAAUGAGAAAGGUGGAUUGUACUUCGUAUAUGGUUACGGUGGAACCGGAAAAACAUUUUUGUGGAAGACAAUUUCAGCUGCUUUAAGGUCCAAAGGAGAGAUAGUUCUUAAUGUAGCCUCAAGCGGAAUAGCUUCUUUGCUGCUGCCUGGCGGUAGGACUGCACACUCCAGAUUUGCCAUACCGCUUGCUGUUAAUGAAGAUUCAACCUGCCACAUAAAGCAAGGCAGUCCGCUUGCUGAAUUGAUAAUCAAGUCCAAAUUAAUAAUUUGGGACGAAGCUCCGAUGAUGCACAAACAUUGCUUUGAAGCAUUGGAUCACACAAUGCGAGACUUAAUGCGGUUCAAAAAUUCAAGGAGCUCAACAAUGACAUUUGGAGGGAAAACUGUGGUGUUGGGUGGAGACUUUAGACAAAUCCUACCAGUUAUUCCCAAAGGUACUAGACAAGAUAUAAUACAAGCCAGCAUUAAUUCAUCUUACUUGUGGAAUAAUUGUGAAGUUCUUCGUCUAACGAAGAAUUUAAGAUUGCGCGGUGUUAGUGAUGAAGAUGAUUUGGAGAAGUUAGAUAGUUUUUGCCAAGUGGAUUGCGGAUUUAGGUGA